CCAAGAGGUACCUCUGCUUCUUUCUCUCACCACCCUGCUUCCCGAAUUCUUCUUUCUUACCUCUUUUCCUCUUCUUCUUCUUCUACUUCGUUCCAUUUUGGUUUGAUUCUAAUCCUGAUUAAUCGAUCCAGAGGGUUUAUGUGAAUGAUUCCUAUUUUGGACUUCGUCUGAAAUGUUCUCUUGAACAGGCUUUUCUUAAUCCAUUGCUUCAUCGGAAAGGGUAACUGCAAUGAACUCUGUAUCCGUCACCCUCAGGUUCCAUGCAGCUCCAGAAUGCUCUGACAUAAACCACUGUCGAAUAAAUGUUAAGUGCUUGGUUUCUUUUAUGCGGGUUAGUAGGCAAGCAAUGCACGAGUUGUGGAUGCCUGUUACUGAUACAUAGUUUUAGAUUUAAUCUGUUCUGCUAGAGAUAGAGGUAGUCAGUAUUGUUAUUGCAAGGAUUCGGUAGUUUCCGGAUAAGUAGGGAUUUGGAAACUCACAUCUCAGAAUCGCCAAGAGGGUAAUAACUUGUUAUUUGAUAAAGUCCUUUGAGCAUUGGUUAUGGGUCUGCCACAGACCGCGUCAAGUGAACAAUCCCAUGACGCUUCGUCUGCUCCAAGUUGCAGCCUUUCGCAAAGCCUGCCUGUGUAUGCCACUUCCCAUGAUUCAGAUGGCCUUAACAGAGGAAGCGAGGGAGGCAUUUGCUCUUCCAUUGGCGAAUUUGAUAAGAAAACAUCAUUGGAGCCUCUGGAGUUCACAGAUGAUUCGGGUAAAUUCGAUGGCACUCGUGUUGUUACCUCAUCAAGUGCUCAUGGAUCGACUAGCUAUGCUGCGGAUAAGGUUAGUUCAAGUCUAACUGCACCGAGAAGGAUAGUUGGUUUUGCAUCCAGCGAAACUAGCUCACAGGACAACAAACAAACGAUUGGCGGUAUUGAUCACUCUCUGUCAUCCACUGGUGGAGUUACAGGUGUAGAUAUUGGUGGAGCGUUAGUCAGGAAACGAGUGCUCUCCCCUCUAAAUACUCUCUUCCCUGUAAAAUUCAGAGGUGACCUGCUUGAUAUCAGCUGUAGUAACCACCAACAAAUAACUUAUUCUGGUCUUUCUAGUGGAUUCUGCAAUUCUGUCGCACAAGAUCACAAAAAGCUUAAUCUCGCUGGUAGGUUGCAUCUCUCUCCUACGGCCACAACAACAUCUACUUGCUGGGAAUGGAAUAAUGCCUCAUACAAUGGCAGACUGUCGUCCAUGGUCUUCACUGAUGGUCCAUUGCUUGACUCUGUAGACCUUCGCAGACCCACAAAAGGUGAGGUUUGCUUAUAUUCACCAGUAUAUGAAACGUCUGGUAUACCCAAUAAGCCCUUACCGUGUGAUAAGGAUAUAUCGGCCUCGCCGCCGCUUUCUCUCUCACCUCUUGGUCCGAAGUUUUCUGAGAGAAUAAAAGCUUUAAGAAGUGGCCAAAAAGGGAAGAUAGUUGAAGAGUUGAGGAAUAUCAGUGAAGAAGCAGAACUAAGGAUUGACCGUAGAUUGUUUGAUGAUGCAUAUGCUAUUAGGAGAUCAUUUUCAAUGGAGAGAAGCGUUGAAUCAGCUCCUGCAUCUCCAUGUAAGAGGUUCAGUAGAAGCUUGAGUGGACGCCCCAUUCAGAGGUCACUGGUUGGUUCUUUCGAGGAGUCACUAUUGACAGGAAGAUUGUCAUGUGGGCCAACAAAUCAGAUUGACGGUUUUCUUGCCGUUCUUAGUAUUGCUGGGGGAAACAUAUCGCCAAAAUCACAAAAGCUUCCAUUCUCAGUAACCAGUGUUGGUGAUGAUUGCCACUUGCUAUACUAUGCCUCCGUAGAUCUCGCUGGAGGAUCUAAAUCGAGCAAAUUCUGGGGCCAGAAAAUGAAAACAAGUCAAAUAAGCUCUGAUGCUCAGAGUUCCAAGAGCCAACUGCGGAUCCCCAUGAAGGGUCGGAUACAACUGGUUCUCAGUAACCCUGAGAAAACACCUCUUCACACCUUCCUCUGUAACUAUGACUUAACCGAUAUGCCUGCCGGUACAAAGACGUUCUUGCGCCAAAAGGUUACCUUGGGAUCAUCUAAUGCAACUAAUGAAGUCACGCAAGAGAACACUGGAAAAGCCAAAAGCUUGGAAAAAGACAAGUGUAAACAUGGGGACAAAAAAGAAUGUGAUUUAUUAGAUCGAGUGGAAGGAGAUGAUACAUUUAAUAAGUUACAUGAAAGUGGAAAAAGCUGUGUAAAGUCGUCCAAAGAAUGCAACGGAGGUUCUGGUGCUCUACGGUACGCUCUUCAUAUGAGGUUUCUCUGCCCAUCACCCAAGAAAGCUUCAAAGAAACCUGACGAAACCGAAACUGCGGGUCAAAAGAAGAAGUUGGAUUCAGAUGGGAAGAGGAGAUUCUAUCUGUACAACGACUUGAGAGUCGUGUUUCCUCAACGCCACACAGAUUCUGAUGAAGGAAAGUUGAAUGUGGAGUACCAUUACCCAGAAAACCCAAGAUACUUCGAUAUCACAGAUUAAGACUUUCGAUGGUUUGGUUCCACAAGGUUGUAUAUGUGCUUUUCUUGUUUAACAAGAAACUAAUGGACUUUUUUUUGUACAUACAAAAUCAGUCACAGACUCACAAUGCCUCUCACCCACUUAUGUACAGAUUUCCAUUUCCGGAUUUUCUAAUCAAACAAAAAACUAAAAAGCUACAACAUUUUUU